UGUCCCGCUCACUCAGACCUCACAGGAAACUCCCAGCUCCCCUGGCCCUCACACACUUCACUCACCAUCACUUACUACACUUCUUACUCAUACUCUCACACACACUCCUUCAGCAAAACACUCUCCCCAUCUGCACUGAGUCUGACCAGGGAGGAUGGCUGCGUCCAUGUGGAGAAUGAAUGGGCUUUGGAAAACGAUGGCUGGUGUUCUGCUGGUGUGCGCUCUGCUGCUGAGCAAUGGGGUGAUGUGUCAAGACGAUGCAACAGAUGCACCAGAUGCACCUGGAGAUGGAGCUGUCAGCGCCUCAGACUCACCUCCAGAUGCUGGAGACUCUGGAGUUUCAGGGCCGACUUCUGCCCCAGAUGCUAGUGCUGCUCCCUCUGUUGCUGAUGGUGCUGAUUCUGCUCCUUCACCUGCUCCUGGAGGUUCCUCUUUCCCAGCAACCAUUGUAAAUGUUGUCCUUGGUGGUGGCAACCCAGAAGACGAUAAGACGUCAGGCACUUCGGGGCCUCCUGUUGCCAGAGGGGAUGAUGGAGCUGCUGCAGACGUCGCCAGCGUUCCUAAACUGGUGGUGCCUGACGUGAAGUGUGUUGGAGAGAAAGAUAUCGCCGAAAGUAAUGCUGUCAAGGCGGUGGUGACAACAAGUGACUGUGAGGAAACAAAGAACGUUAUCCAGGCAAAUCCUGCAGGCUGGUGCAAUAAGGAAAACUGUAAUCUGGAAAUCUUCCAGGAUGGAGACAAAGUACUGGUGGCCAGUGAUGAUGCAAACUUGGGUACUUUGGCUGAAGCACUCCAGAGUGACGAGUUGAAAAAUAAGCUGGGUGUGAAAGAUAUUAAGUACUCAUCAUCAUCGGGUUCUUCUGUAUUUGUGGGGAUACUGAUCACCGGUCUGCUGGCUGCUCUUGCAAUCGCUAUUGGUUACUUCAAAUGCCAACGCAAGGCUGACACCAAGGGAGUAAGGCUGGCAGAGGAGGCCUAUCCGGCGGAUCAGGAGAACCAGGGGAAUACUCUCGUCUCUGUGGCCCCACUCAACCCCCCACCUGAAACCCAGGAGAAACCCAGCGUAAAUGGAGAGUCUCCUGAAGCAGCCAAGACCCAGCCUCCUCCUACCAACGGCCAUUCCACCGCCAAGACAGCUGACACCGAGCUGUGAAAUAGUCCACAAAUAACUGCAGACGAAGAAUUACCACACUAUACACACGAACAUACACCCGCACACAAACACACACUCACACAUGCCUCACUCCUUUUUUUAAUCAACUCCCCCCACAGUCAUUAUACAGCUUAAUGGACAUGACCAACACUUUCCUACUUCAACACUCCUCUAGUUGUGGCCCCCUUUACCUCCUCCUUUGGCUGCGUGCCUCAACAAACAUCCUGAAAACUAGUGUAGUUAAGAUAGCAACGGUGCUGAGAAAUGAUGCUGAUGACGACAAAGGCCCAGUCCCAGGGUUAUUAACGGCAUUCAGGCUGGAGAGACGCGUAUAAUUCUGGGUCGGAUAAUGACUGCAGCUUCUGGAGUCAAUGCAAUGUGUUGUUGAUUCCUCUGCUUGUCAUCAGCGUUACAAUUCCAACCAAACCCUCCACUAGAAAACAUCGCAUAAGCACACAGAUGUCCAUAGUUUAUUGUAAAGCCAUAACAAAGAGAAAUAAAACACAUCACACUGCCUUGAAAUCUGUUUACAAACUUCUCAGAGACAUAUUCAAUGGGCUCUCUAGUUUGUUUGAUUGAGCUAUAGAUCUUGUAUGUGUGUGAAUGUGUGUGUUUGAUGUACACUACAAACAAAAAGUUAAGGAUUUUUUUUGUUUGUUUUUUGUCAUUUUUGCCAUUUGUAAAUAAAACUACAGUAUGUCUGGUCAUUAAAAA